AUGAAGAACCAAACGAAAGACAGACCGAAAAAGCGCACUUCAGCAUAUCUGAAAAUGUUCACAGUCGUGGUUUUUGGCGAAGCAAGAGUUGGAAAAACGUCGCUGUGUAAAGCGUUCCUUGGAGAGACAUUUUCCAAUGACUACGAGCCGACAAUCGAGGACUUUUACUCCACACAAAUUGUCCAUAAGGAGAAAAACUACCAGGUUGACAUUAUAGAUACCUGUGGCACGGAGAAUUUUCCAGCCAUGAGACGGGUUGCGAUUAACAAGGCGGACGCAAUUGUGCUUGUUUAUUCAUUAGACAAUCCACAUUCAUUCGAACGCUUAGAACAGCUCCAGGAUGAAAUACUUCAAGAAAGAGGCAAUAACGUUCCAGUUAUGGUUGUAGCAAAUAAAUCAGACGUUGUUUUAGAUGGACAUGCACUCGAAAUAACAACAAACGGUGGAAAACAUAUUAACACCAAAUACGUAGCGGAGAAAGAGUGGGGCUUUCUAUGGACAAUAGCUUCAGCCAAAAUGGCCUGGGGAGUCCAUGACAUCUUCCAUGACCUCAUAGACGCUUUUCAUCUGCGGAGAUCGCAAUCGAUGCCAGCAAAAACAAACUCUUCUUGGCUUAGAAGAAGUCCUCUGUUGAGUACAUUCCGUCGCGGGUCGAGAUAG